AUGGCUGAUUCUCUGCUUUCGAGUAUUGCUUCGGAUGUGGUUUCGGAUGUCGUGUCUCGGCUCGCCAACCUUCUCAUAGAUGAAGUUGUUUCCUUGGUUGGUGUGCGUGGUCAGAUCCAAAGGGUGAAAACGCAACUCCACUUUUUGCAAGGCUUCCUCAAAGAUGCGGAUUCCAGAAGGAAGAGAGAUGCAAGAAUGCAGAGCUGGAUUAUUGCGGUAAGAGAUGUAGCCUAUGAAAUGGAAGACGUCAUAGACACCAUCAACUACAUGGGCGAAAGGCGACACCAAAGGAGAGGCGGCAUGGGCUCCAUUUCAAGGUACUCUCACAAACCUUGCGAAUUGAUCACCCUACAUAAAAUUGGUUCUGAAAUUAAAAAAAUAGAGGAGAAGAUCGGUGAUAUCGAUAAGAUCAGAGCCACGUGUGGUAUUGUUGACCUGGGUGAAAGUGGGGUUGAGAAGAGAAGUGAUUGGGAUGAUAAUCUGCAAAAAUUGCGACAAUUUCCUGGUCAUUUCUUUGACGACACUGAUGUCAUAGGCUUCGAUGAGGAUAAGAACAAAUUAGUGAAACUUUUGAUUGAUCCGGAGAACAAAAACCGCAGCGUAAUUUCCAUUGUGGGUAUGGGUGGUCUUGGCAAGACCACCCUUGCAAGGAAAGUCUAUAAUGCGAAUGAAAUGAAACAACAUUUUGAUACAUAUGUUUGGUUGACUAUCUCACAGAAAUUCGAUGUUGACGCAAUAUUAAAGGAUAUCGUGAAAAAGAGUAUUUCAAGCGUUACAAAAGAAGAAUUAGAGAAGAUGAAUGAAGAGGAGCUGAAAGAGACGCUAUAUAACUUUUUUAAAGACACGAGGUAUUUUGUUGUAAUGGAUGACGUAUGGGAAGAUCUAGUUUGGGAAAGAAUAUGCCAAGUCUUUCCUAAUCGAAACAAUGGAAGUAGAGUAGUCCUCACCACCCGUAAUAUUGAAGUUGCAAAGUCUAUCGACCCAUCUAUUGAUCCAUAUGAAUUGCAUUUUCUGGAAGAUGCAGAGAGUUGGGAACUUUUUCGCAGGAAGGCUUUUCCAAACCAAGAUAUCCCCGAUGAGUUGCAAGGUGUGGGUCGGAACCUUGCAAAGAAGUGCGGUGGUCUACCUCUUGCACUGGUUGUGUUGGGAGGAUUUAUGGCAAGCAAACAACGUAGUUAUCAUGCAUGUUGA